AUGUCGGUAUACCAGGUAUUAGGUGCACUCUGCCUUCGAAAUGUGCACGUGGUGGUUCCGGAAGCCGUGGAACGAGGUUCCAAAGUUGAGAUGAAGUGCCUGUAUGACCUCGAACAAGAGGUCUUAUACUCCGUCAAAUGGUACCGGGGAGACCGAGAAUUCUGUCGGUAUUCCCCGAGGGACGUUCCACCGCUGAAGAUAUUCCGGAUACCCGGGAUAGAAGUUGAUAUAUCGACGGAGAUUGAUCUAAAUUUUGUUACCGAAGAAUUUAAAAGUAACUUUAUUUUACAGUACAGACCAGAUAAUCACGCUGUCGAUACCAGACCCCAGGCGACGAGUGACUCAUUUUAUUCCACAAUUUAUUUGUACAACAACGCAGACACGCACACAAUACACUCGCAGAACUGGAUCAGGUGA